ACGUCGGGACAGAGAUGUCCUCGGGUAACGUGUUCAUCAAUUUCUAAAAUUGGACCCGGCCCAAUUCAAACCGAGAGGCCUCUCUGGUUCUUCUUCUUCUUCCCCGAUCAAACUCUCUCCGCCUCUCACAGAAAUUCCGGUUUACGAAUCACGACCAAGCUCCGUCGUCUCUAAAAGUCUAAACCACACAAAACCAGUGACUCUUCUCAAACUCGAGGUUGAGGUCGACGCUUACUCGGCUCGCUUGAGAAUGAAGAAAUCACCGUUGCCAUUACAGAACGCAAGCGGCGCGAGUAAGAAUCAGAAGCUCGGAAAGGAAGCGCUGGUGAAGCUACUGAGAUGGCAUUUCGGUCAUCCUGGAUUCAGAGGGAAGCAAUUGGAGGCCAUUGAAGCUGUUCUAUCAGGAAGAGAUUGUUUCUGCUUGAUGCCAACCGGAGGCGGGAAGUCGAUGUGUUAUCAGAUACCGGCGCUGGCCAAGAAGACCGGAAUCGUGCUUGUUGUGUGUCCUUUGAUAGCUUUGAUGGAAAACCAAGUGAUGGCUUUGAAGGAGAAAGGAAUUUCUGCUGAAUAUCUAUCCUCCACACAGACUACACAAGUCAAAAAUAAGAUACAUGAAGACCUUGAUUCUGGAAAACCAUCUUUGAGGCUGCUAUAUGUGACGCCGGAAUUGAUUGCAACACCUGGAUUUAUGACAAAGCUGACAAAGAUUCACUCAAGAGGGUUGUUAAAUCUUAUUGCCAUAGACGAGGCACAUUGCAUCUCUUCAUGGGGCCAUGAUUUUAGGCCUAGCUAUCGAAAGCUGUCGUCUUUGAGGAGCCACCUCCCAGGUGUACCAACAUUAGCUUUGACAGCUACAGCCGUUCCUAAAGUUCAGAAGGAUGUGAUAGAGUCCUUACGCCUCCAAAACCCUUUAGUCCUAAAAUCUUCUUUCAAUCGUUCUAAUAUAUAUUCUGAAGUUCGAUACAAAGAUCUUUUACACGAUGUGUAUGCUGAUUUAUCUGACGUACUAAAAUCUAGUGGAGAUAUCUGUGCAAUUGUCUACUGCCUUGAACGAACAAUGUGCGAUUACUUAUCUGUUCAUCUAUCACAAAACGGGAUAUCAUGUGCUGCUUAUCAUGCAGGGUUGAAUGAUAAAUUACGCAGUUCAGUUUUAGAUGAUUGGAUUUCUUCUAAAAUACAAGUUGUCGUGGCAACGGUGGCUUUUGGGAUGGGUAUAGAUAGAAAAGAUGUCAGAAUUGUUUGCCAUUUUAAUAUUCCGAAGUCAAUGGAAGGCUUCUACCAAGAGUCUGGUAGAGCUGGUCGUGAUCAAUUACCCUCCAGAAGCCUAUUGUAUUAUGGAAUUGAAGAUUGCAAGAGAAUGAAAUUUAUUCUAAGCAAUGCUGAGAACAAGAAAUCAAAGGCCUCAAACUCACAAGAAGAGUUGUCAAAAAAAUCCCUGACUGACUUUCAACAGAUGGUUGAGUAUUGUGAGGGCUCUGGAUGCCGGAGGAAAAAGAUCCUUGAGAAUUUUGGUGAAAAGGUACCUGUAACACUGUGUAGCAAAACAUGUGAUGCCUGCAAACAUCCAAACCUCGUAGCCAAAUACUUGGAGGAGCUCGCAACUGCUUGUAUCGUCCGGCAGAAAGCUGGUUCAUCUCGAAUUUUUGUGGGCAGCUCCUCAAAUAAGGUUAAUGAAGAUCAGUCCUCUGAAUUCUGGAACUGUGAUGAUGAAGCAAGUUGUUCUGAGGAAGACAUAUCUGAUUCUGAUGAUGAUGUUGCGGACCUUGUAGCUGUCAAGAGCCUUACCAGAUCAAAGUUGAUCGAUGAAAAAUUGGAAGCCUUGCAGCGUGCAGAAGAAAAAUAUUACCAGAAUAAAUCUGAUAAGCAGACGGAUAAACUUAACAAGAAUGCUAUAUCUGAUACGCUGAGAGAAGCAAGCAAGCAGAGAUUAGAAAAUGCUGUAAAGCAGGCUCAGCAACGACUUGGAAACUUAAAGAUUGAGGUGGAAAUAUCGGCAUCUUUCCUUGAAAAUGAAUGUUACAAAAAAUAUGGGAAAACUGGGAAAUCAUUCUAUUAUUCUCAAGUCGCAAGUACAGUGAGGUGGUUAUCAACCGUAAAUUCUACUGACUUAACUGAUCGUCUCGGCACCAUAACCAGUUCCCCGUCAGAGAAUACUCCGCUCAAAACAGCACCUUCUGCAUCACAAUCGCCAUUGCAACAGAAAUCACCAGAAAUGACUUACAUGAGAGUGUUAGACCGGAAGCUUCUGUAGCUGUCACCAACGCAAAGUGAUUCCCCAAGUACAAUUUUGCCAGCAAUUCCAUCCUUCUCAGAGUUUAUCAACAGCAAAAAGGAGAAAGACAACAGAUCAAGUGUAUCGGAAAAGCAAUCCCCUAAUGGGGUUAAGAAGAAUCCAGAGAAGAAAAUGAGGUUACAAUAGGUCAAAAAUCUUAGUUUCUUCAAUUGCUCAUAGUUUUGUCCUUGAAAGUAGAUACACGAGGAUUCAUGUUAACAUUUUGCACGGAAGUACUUUUAUUUCACUAUGAGAAGUAAAGCAACAUCUCUAUUCAUGCUA